GUAGUCAUCCAUUGAACCAUAGAUAAGCUAAUUUUUAGAUAAAUUUCUGCAAAAAGUGGGGAAGUGCGCUUAAUCGGGAAAUUGGCAGCGAGUUCAGACGCGGCUAGUAUUGGCGACACUUAUAGUAUAUAAAUCAGAUAAAAGCACCAGUCUAGAUAAAACCAAUCGAGCUAUUCGGGAGGUUUGGUUUUGGUUUCUUGUGUAAAAUAUUUCUUCAUUGUGCUAUUAAUGACAGCUAGCGCAUGCAAUUUAAAAUGUAUAGUGAUUCCAACUACGAGUUUACAUUUGGAUCCAGUCUGUCACUUUUUAAAUUAGGAAGCUGUACUAGCACGUCCCCACCACUCCCCACUAUUCAAAUUAUCCCUUCAGACGAUUCUAAUGGGAUAGAUGAUGAAGCUAUCGAAUUUGCCAGUUCCAGCUUAGCAUCCAUCUUGUCUUUAAAUUGUAAUACCUUGGAAUCAGGACUUGAAACCGAAAUUGGAGAUAGCAUAAGUUACUUGAAUUUGGAAGCCACUACUAAUCCUUCGGUGAUAGAAACAAGCUUAAAUGAACCUAAAAAUUCGAAAUUAAUAUCGGAUGAUGCAGUUCCUUGCCUUCCUUGUUUUGAUAAUCUGCCGCUUCAACUUGGCACCACUAUAUAUCUGCCUACUUUGGAAGAAUUGAAAGUGGAAAUUAAUCUGGUCUUGUCUGAAUGUAGAAACUUACUCGCUACCGUACAAACAUACCAUCAUGGUUUGAAUAAUGAUAAUACAAAUGUACAUACCGUGGAACAGGUUCUUUAUUCUCAGCUUGAAGAAGUCUUGAGGCAAGCAAAAUAUACUCUUUCUCUUGCUCCGAAAGAACUAAAAUCUACAAUUGUAAAUCAAAUCCCAGAAUUGGCAGCACAAUUCUGCGGUCUCGACAAGGAAACCGUGAGUUCACCUCAACUACCACAAGAUAUAGAUGCCAGAUAUACCCACACUGAGAUCUUGCAGCACAUACCUGUACAUGAUUUUGAUGGGUCUAUCGAUAUCCCUCCAGACCAUUUAGCUAAGGAUCUUGAUAAAUGUCCUCGCUGUACAAAGUUUUUUUCAAAUAGUUUAGACAUGAAGAAACAUUCUAUACUGGUCCAUAAACACAAUAUCUUUAAAUGUGACGAGAAAGAUUGCCAGAAAAUCUUCACUAGAAAAUCAGACAAAACAAGACACGUUAAAGAAGUUCAUUGGAAGGAAAAACAACAUUGGUGUCUUGGUGUUUCUCCUGACGGACAAACAUAUGGGUGUUUGAAAAUGUUUGCCAGAAAAUUUCAAUUGAAGCAGCAUCAGGGAAGGAAAAAUGCAGGGAAUUGUGCAUUGGGGCUAACAUACAAUUGAUUUAUUUUGCAUGUGUUUUCCUGACAACAAAUCACGCAAUGAAAGACAACUAGUAAGCUCUGAGUAGUCCUCUAAUGUUAUAAUUUAAGUCACUUUAGUUAUUUAUUUGGAUUAGUUAAUAGAUGUUUUCAUAUUCUACUGGAACUAAUACUUUCAUAUCUUCUGUUUUGUACAAGCUAUACUGCAUGGAAACAAACAUUUAUUUUUGAGAUACUAGACCCUGAAUGUUUAGAUUCCAAUAAGGUGGUCUUGAAUCUAAUGUCGAAAGGUUGCAAAAUCAGUCAGAAGAAACAUUGUACCCUAGAGUACCUCUAGUUUUGGUCACUUGAAGGUUAAACACAUGAAAUAGUUUAUCAAUGUAUGUUGAACAACGGUUUUAUUUCAACUGAACAGUGAAAAUAAAAACUAAUUGAAAAUAGAAUACUCUCGGAGAAGAUGACGUAUCAAUUUAUCUACUAAAUGGUUGCGCAUAUAAUUGUGAUGUCAUACACAACAGCCUUUUUUGCACCCAUCCGAGAGUUCCAGAUCUUCUGUUGCAAAACUGAAUGCAAAUUUAAAACAAGCCAAGAAAAACCUCCCCUCGCGGCUGAAAAUAAGCCCAGCGUUAUUCC